AAUGAAUCAAAUAUUAUGUUAACCAGUAGUUAUAUUAAUGACUUAGCUAAACGAUAUGGAGGGUAUCUGAUACACAGCGAACAUCGUUACUAUGGAGAAAACUUCUCGACCUGCAUUCUUUAAGAUAUCUCACAGUUCCGCAGGCCAUGGCGGAUGUGGCUACUUUAAUUCGCUCUUUAAAAGAAAACACAACUUAUUUCGGUGAAUCCAAGGUAUUUCUGGUGGGAGGAUCGUAUUCGGGGCUUAUGGUCCCCUGGUUUGCCAAACUUUAUCCCAGUUUGAUUGACUUGGGAUGGGCUUCCAGUGCUCCGGUUCGAUUUAAAACUGAGUUUUGGGAGUUCUAUGCGAAUGUCUUCAAACUUAUUCUUAAAAUUGGAGGUAAGGAGUGUCAUAGUCACAUAACAAAGGGUUUUGAUACUCUUAAGGCCGAAAUAGACAAACAUGACCUCAAAGAAUUAAUAGAAAUGAAUAUUUGUGGAUUUGACCAUACAAAUGAUAGUUAUGUUUUUAAUCUUUUUGAGAUCUUAACAAGAGUCAUUGGAACUUUAGUGCAAGAUGAAAAUAUUCAAAAGGCUUGUGAUGAAAUUUCCCGAACAUCAUUUGCAUCUUAUCUCAAGAAAGAACUUCAUGGAGAUUCUACGAAAUGCUACGACUCUGUUUCUAGUUUGGAAUCUCUAAAGGAUAUUCAUUAUACCACGGAUUCAGCUCGCCUUUGGCUGUACCAAUGUUGUAGUGAGCUUGGAAAUUUUAAAACCUCUAAAUACGUCCCCCGUGAUUUUUGGCUUGAUAUGUGUACUGAUGUUUUUGGACAUACGUUUUCUUUCUGUUAUAUAAACAGAAAGGUAAAAAAAACCGAUCGUAAUUUUCAGGAUAUGGAAAGCAAUGAAAGUUUUCGACGAGUUUUUUUGACCCAACCGGAACUAGAUGCGUGGUCAGUUACCAAAGUGAGAAAACAUAAUCGAACCUAUAUUUUAGAAGGUGCAACUCACUGCGAAGAUCUGGAAAAAUCGACGAAAAACGAUAAGCCGUCUAUAAAAAUUUUGAAGAUGGACAUUGAUUUUGAAGUUCAGAAGUUGCAAAAUAGUCACCAACCAAUAAUAAAUUAAAACACCUUUUUUAAUACAUAAAAAAA